CAUCUUUCGAACGCUGCUACGUCUGGCUGUCCGACUGACUCUGUCACUCUCUCCCAUCAUCGUUGCUCGCCUUUUGCCUGGCGACAGGCUUUAUCCUGUUCGUCCCUGUAUAGAUUCUAUCUUUCCCUCUAAUACGCGUCCCUCCUCCCUCUUUCACCCCUUUCCCUCUCCCUCUGGUCGGUCCCCACACCACCAUGCGGCUUUUUACCGCAAUUACCGCCUUAUCGGCUCUCGCUGGCCUCGUUCUCGCCUCGCCGUAUCGCGACGACCUCACUGACUACAAUAUUAAUGUCAAUCAGGAUGCAACCCAACCGACAGAGUACAAGGCGACUCGAGCAAAUACCACUUAUACACCCUCUCCCGAAAAUUGGCGGGCUCUUCCCGUCUAUACCGUUCUACUGGACAAGUUCGCAGAUGGCGAUCCUUCCAAUAAUGAUUACUUUGGCACCAUGUACGAAAACGACUGGAGAGAAACCCAGCUCAGAUAUGGUGGCGACCUCCAGGGUCUUCUAUCAAAGUUGGACUACCUCUAUGGCAUGGGCAUCCGGGUCGUUUUCAUUUCUGGAACGCCUUUUCUGAACAUGUUGUGGCAGGCCGACAGUUACUCACCGCUUGACUUCACCGUCCUUGAUCCUCACUGGGGCACUAUCGAUGAUUGGAGGAAUGCAAUCGAUACCAUACACGCCCAUAACAUGUACUUGAUGGUCGAUUUCACCGUAGGAACCAUGUCGGAUCUCAUCGGCUUUGAUGGUCACUUGAACAGCAGUACGCCUUUCAGUCUGAACGAAUACGAUGCCGUGUACAAAAAUCCCAAUUAUAUGCCUUGGAAUUUUACCGAAUAUGCGGACUUUAGUAUUUUGAUCAGUAAUGGUGACAUGGAGGCUUUCGGUGUGCACGCGGAUUGGCAACGUCAAUUGUCCAAAUUCGCCUCCGUCCAGGACCGUCUCCGUGAAUGGAAGCCCGAGGUUAUGGCCAAGCUUCAAAACUUCGCCUGCAUGGCCCUCACUGCCCUGGAUUUUGACGCCAUCCGUAUCGAUAAAGCUACUCAGGUUACGGUUGCCGCUCUAGCGGAGUGGACUUCCAGCGCGCGUACUUGUGCGUACAACCUUGGUAAGAAAAACUUUUUCGUCCCGGGUGAAGUUACCGGAGGUGACACUUUCGGCUCCCUAUACUAUGGACGUGGGCGUACUCCUACGCAACUUCCUGGCGGGUUUUUGAUCGCAGCCAACCUUACGUCGGAUGACAACGAAUACUUCCUUCGGGACAAGGGCGUCAAUGGGCUGGAUUCAGUCGCCUUCCACUAUUCCAUUUAUCGUUCUCUUACUCGAUUCUUGGGUAUGGACGGUAACCUCAACGUCGCUUACGAUGUGGACAUCAACUUCAUCACCGCAUGGAAUCAGAUGUUCGUUGACAAUGACUUCAUCAAUCAAUUAACGGGGAAAGUUGAUCCCCGACACAUGUAUGGAACGAGCAAUUUUGAUGUGUUCCGUUGGCAUAGUCUGGCCGAUGGUAGGGAGCGUAGUGUUCUGGCCACCUUCAUCGCUAGCCUUGUCAUGCCCGGCAUUCCUUUGUACUUCUAUGGUGAAGAGCAAAAUUUCUACUUGUACGACACCGGUGCAUCCAAUUAUCUCUACGGGCGUCAAGCCAUGACGAGCAACACAGCGUGGAAGCGACACGGUUGCUACACUCUUGGCUCUGAACAGUACUUCAACAUGCCUCUGGAUAAAGCCUUAGUAGGGUGCCAUGACGAUUGGAACGCCCUUGAUCAUUUCGAUCCUACGACCGAUAGUCGUCGGAUGUUCGCGCACUUCAACCACCUGCGCACGAUAUAUGGUGCAUUGCAAGACGGAUUUAAUCUCGUGCAGCGUGGCAACUGGACCCACUUCAUCGAGCGGCCCGGUUCCAAUAACACAGUGACUGAGAUGGGCCUGUGGUCUAUCUCCAGGUCUGGUAUUUCAGGUGUCCAAAAUCUUACCGGAACUUUUACGGACCAGGUUUGGAUGCUGUACAGCAACGAAAACGAGACUAAGACCUGGCAGUACGAUUGCCAGGAGUCGUUAUGGAUUUCAUCUCCUUUCCAGUCCGGUACAACGGUACGUAACUUGUUUGCGCCGUUCGAGACAUACACUUUGGAGGAUUCCGGCUCAGCGUACUAUGCCGAUGGCAAAGCUCCUUGGUAUGGCUGUCUUCCAAAUCUUACUAUGGACGCCUAUGGGUUCAAGGCACUCGUGCCUGUAGCUCAGUGGGUUGCUCCACCCCUCGCGAUGACCGCAUUCAAUCCAGGCCAUGACUACCGUUUGUUGGCUGAGGAUGGCCAGACGAACGCUACCACUGUCGACAUUUCGAUCGAAUUCAACACUGUUAUGGACUGCAACUCAGUCACAAAUGCGAUCUCACUCAAUAUGUCUUCAUCGGGCAAAGGUUCCACACCGUCGAUCACAAACGUCAACUGCCAAAAUGUAUCCAACCCCCCCGCAUCUGUUAUCCAAGGUGGUUCAACAUCUGCAUGGGAAUGGACUGCGACUUUGACAAAUUUCCCUGACGGAGUGUUAGAAAUCAUUGUCGAUAAACCUCAGGACAGUAAUGGAAAUUCCACAAACGCCGUAGAUCAUCUUCUUUUGAGGAAGGGCUCUUCUCAGAAUGUUAUGGUCUUCCCCGAGAACGACUACAAUGAUGACGUCUUUACCAAGUCGGACGGCAAGUACACGUUCACUCACAAAGCUUACGGCGCCGAAAAGUUCAGGUACUCGUGGAACUUUGGUCAAAACUGGACAAGCUGGGCUGACUGGGAGGAUACAACGACGAUCGACUCUGGCGUCUUCACGGACUCUGACUUGUUUUGGGAUGGCGAUCAUAUCAUUGUGCAGUAUUGGAGUCGAGCCACAAUGUCAACGGCUGCUGUAGUUCACGCAGACUAUGGUUGGUCCGGAGCUCGUCGGCGCGUUCCUCAGCUACUCGCUCGUGGCCCUUACAACACUUGGGGUUUCGACAGCGGUCUGUCGAGCGUGAUGGAACAGAAUGAUGACGGCUACUGGGAACUGGAAAUCAUGGCUCAGUGGCCGACGUACGUCCAGCUCAAUGUCUGGGGUUUCGAUGACUACUACUACGGAGAUGUUGAUGGCGAUGGCAUUCUCGACCGACUUCCUCCAAAUACCGCUGCUCCCAACUACGUGAACAUGUCUGCUCCACCAUCUCCCCAUCUUGCCUGGUCGCUACUUGUUGACGACUCUACCAUGAGAUGGUGGCUGAAGCCACGUGGGCAAGCAUCCGUCGGUGCUAUCAUGUACGCUCUACUGCUUGCCAUUCCCUUGAUCACCGGUACUCUCGCCGUUCUCGUUUUCAUGUGGUCAUUCUACGGUAUCAAACACAAUCAAUACGGCGUGAAAGCGAAGACUAACAGCUACUUCCCCAUUCUGGGCGCUUGGCCUGAGGAUAAGAACAAGCGCCGGAAAGUGCUUAUCGCUACUCUCGAGUACGAGAUCAUCGACUGGAAGGUCAAGGUCAAGAUCGGUGGUCUCGGUGUUAUGUCCAGUCUUAUGGGUAAAGCAAUGACUGAUGUCGACUUAAUUUGGGUCGUGCCGAAAGUCAAGGACGUGGAGUACCCAGCUGGAGAUCCCGCCGAACCCAUCGAGGUUAUCAUCUUCGGCGAGCCCUAUCUCAUUGAGGUGGAGACUCACGUUUUGGACAACAUCACAUAUGUUAUCCUUGAUAGUCCCGUAUUCCGCGCCCAGACCAAAGCUGAUCCUUAUCCGGCUCGCAUGGACGAUCUCAGUUCCGCUAUCUUCUAUUCGACUUGGAACCAAGCUAUUGCCGCUACUGUUCGUCGCAAUCCCACUGUCGAUAUCUACCAUGUGAACGACUACCAUGGUGCUUUGGCGCCCAUCUAUCUCCUACCCAAGGUCCUCCCCUGUUGUCUGUCGCUUCACAAUGCCGAAUUCCAGGGUCUCUGGCCACUUCGGACCAAGGAAGAAAUGAAGGAAGUUUGCUCGGCAUUCAAUAUCAGCAAGGAGCAUUGCACUAAAUAUGUUCAGUUCGGAAACACGUUCAACUUGCUGCAUGCGGCCGCUUCCUUCAUCAGUGUCCACCAGAAAAGUAUUGGUGUGGCUGGUGUGUCUGACAAGUAUGGUAAACGCAGUUGGGCCCGAUACCCUGCCCUUUGGACGCUCAAGCAUGUCGAUUCCUUGCCCAAUCCUGAUCCCAGUGAUAUUGAAGCGUUGGACGAAGCUCCCACAAAGGCCAAGGACGUUCAAAUCGACGAAGUUGCAGAAGCCGCCCGCCCGGAACACAAGCGCCAAGCACAAGAAUGGGCUGGGAUCAAACAAGAUCCCGAUUCUGACUUGUUCGUAUUCGUCGGUCGUUGGUCCAAACAAAAAGGUGUGGAUCUCAUUGCUGAUGUAAUGCCUUCUUUGUUGGAGAAACGACCCACUAUUCAGCUCAUUGCUGUUGGUCCUGUUAUUGACUUGUAUGGGCGAUUCGCCGCCGAAAAGCUAGCGCGACUGAUGGAAAUGUUCCCGGAUCGGGUCUACUCAAAGCCUGAGUUCACAGCGCUCCCUCCCUAUCUGUUCAGUGGUGCCGAUUUUGCUCUGAUUCCCUCGCGUGAUGAGCCUUUUGGUCUUGUAGCUGUCGAAUUUGGUAGGAAAGGUGCUCUCGGAGUCGGAAGUCGUCUUGGAGGUCUGGGUUUAAUGCCCGGUUGGUGGUAUCCUGUAGAAUCCAGUUCAACGGCACACAUGCUCUCACAGUUGACCAAAACUAUCAAAAUGGCUCUGAAGUCCACCGAGGAAGAACGCGCGGUUCUCCGGGCCCGAUCUGCCGUCCAACGUUUCCCUGUGGUCGAAUGGCGUCAGCGAAUGGAAGAUUUCCACAAGCGCAGCAUCACCACCAGCCGUGCUAUCGCCGGCGGUGAUGCUUGGCGGGAGUCUGAUUGUGAUGGCGCUGGUGUUCGUCCUAUGGCAGAUACCGAUGAUUGGAACCCUGUCAACCAGGCUUACCCGUCUCAGCCUGAGUGGGACCGAAACAGCAUGCUUGACAGUCCUCAUGCCAAUACGCCUGGCUCUCCCGGUCAAUGGAGUCAAGAUACUCUUACACCGUCUGGUGGACCUCGGUUACUCCCUCCAGAUGGCUCUCGCAAUUCGAUUACUACCGACGGCGGUCAAGAUGACGACUACUUCAGCCAUUCGCGCGGUAGUACACUGGAGCCUGGUCCAGGAUACAACGAUUUCCUCGAGAGGGCCAAUCGCACCAUUGCCCGGGACCAGCGCCAUGCUCCAGAUCCAUUCUUGGAUGAAAAUCUCACACCCAAUCGUCCGUUUGGCGCCCACUCUCGCGUGUCUUCGGUUGAAUCGAUCUCGUCUAUCGUUGAUGAAAAGUCCAACUCGCCUUUGAACAAAGCCAUCGCCUCGUUCACUGAUGCUGAUGGCGGAGUCGCUUCGGAAUUCGUUCAAAAACUGCAGGCCCUCAAUGCUAAAAACUCGGAGCACGAACUGUCCAUCGAGAAGUUCCUCGUCAAAAGCGAAGAAGCAUUCUUUGGCAAAGUUCGCAAGGACAAACUCGACAGUGCUGCCAGUAUCAGGUCAUCGCAGCGUGAUUCCGUCUGGGGAACACCUUCUCCAUCAAUAUACUCUCGCCCUGAUUCGCCUAACACGCAAGCCUUUUCUUCUGAAUAUGAUGGACCCCUUCGUAACGAUGCAGGCGCCCCUGAAAUCAUACCCAUGACAGGGCUACAGAUCGCCAUGUCUCGUGAAAUAUGGGGCUGGCCAUUGUAUACUAUUGUCAUCGCUGCGGGUCAGAUGUUGAGUGCAACAAGCUUCCAGAUCACUCUUUUGACUGGUCGAAGUUGGCAAGACGAUGUUCAGCUUUAUGUCCUUGGUGGUGUAUUCCUUGCUGCAUCUGCGGUGUGGUAUCCUCUGUUCAGACUGAAGCCAUCUGUAUAUGUCCUGUCCGCACCUUGGAUUUUCUUCGGUCUUGCAUUCCUAUUGGUCGGUUUCCCUUCGGUCUCUUCUUCAAUCAAGCCUGCACAUAGAGCACUUGCGAGCACAGCGACCUGGUGUUAUGCCGUCGCCUCGGCCGCCGCCUUCUUAUUCUUUGGCCUCAACUUUGGUGAAGAAGCGGGUGCUGCGACGGAGGUGUGGACUCUUCGUGCAUGUAUCGUCCAAGGUUCCCAGCAGAUUUGGGUGGCGGCACUGUGGUACUGGGGCCAUUCCCUAACUGGUCAAUCAGACGAUUAUACGCCGCCAUGGUGGAUUGUUCUCAUCGUCUGGCCGCUGGCCCUCAUGAGUUUCAUCUUCGCUUAUUUGAUGCUUUACGGUCUUCCAGAGUACUAUCGUCAAACACCGCCCAAGGUGCCUCACUUCUUGAAAACCUUGUUCCGCCGUAAACUGGUUAUAUGGUUCCUUGCGUCCGAAAUCCUUCGAGACUACUGGCUCAGUGGGCCUUACGGACGCAACUGGAGUUUCUUGUGGGAUGUUCCUAUUCCAACAUAUCAGAUUCUUCUCUUGGUCAUCGCUUUCUUCAUUGGUGUUUGGGGAGCGCUUCUUGGCAUCCUUACGCACUUCAGUAAAACACAUACGUGGCUUCUGCCUGUGUUCGCGGUGGGUCUCGGUGCACCCAAAUGGUGUCAGAUGAUGUGGGGUACUUCUUCGCUUGCGCUCUAUAUUCCUUGGGCGGGAAGUGGUGGACCAUACCUUGGUUUGUCACUGUGGUUGUGGCUCGGUGUUUUAGAUGCCGUUCAGGGAGUUGGUCUCGGUAUGAUCCUGCUCCAGACACUUUCACGGCUGCACGUUUGUGCCACGCUGGCAUUCUCUCAAAUUAUCGGUUCGAUUUGUGUCAUGAUCGCUCGAGCGACUGCGCCAAAUCGUAUUGGGCCUGGAAGCGUGUUCCCUGAUGCUGCUAAGUGGGACUUUGACGAGGGUCUCAAAGGGAGUCCCAUGGCCGAACCUAUAUUCUGGAUAGCACUGAUCUGCCAAUUGAUAAUUGUCAUUGGUUACUUCUGGUUCUACCGUAAAGAACAGUUAUCACGACCAUGAUCACGACGUUUAUUUUUUUUUCUAUUCGGACAUUAGAAGGCAUAAUCAUUUUGGACUGUGUUAUUACUCACCUCGUUUUCGAACUGGGAAAUCAUCGGCAAUGCUACAGGGAUCGGACAUUAUGGGAUACUUGUUAGAUAUUGCUAUCACACACUCUCUAGACGCGACUAUCUUUAAGUAAGAAGCUGUUUUGAUUAUUCUACACAUUGCAUAAAUAUGAUUCUUUCUGUUUACUGGCAUAAUUUAUUUGG